AUGGCUGCUGCUACAUUAUUACGCCCAGCAGGGCCCCAGGCCGUGGCGCCGCCCGAUUCAGACCCUACGGAUGCCGCGGCUCUUGAGAACCGCCAUUUCUACUCUCACAGCUUCUCGUCCGCGCGCCCAUAUCCAGCCGACAUCCCGCACCCUAUCUUUGAGGAGGAAGCUGCCGAGUCGGGGAGCGAAUCACCUAUAGAGCCCGUCACUCCCGUUAGCGGCGGUCGUCACUCACGGGAAUUUACCAAUGUUCAGCAGUUUGAUCAUAAUUUGACUCUGACGCACUACAAUACCACGCAAAACCCGCCUACCUCGCACCCUACGAAAACGCCUCUUCAGCCGCCUGAGUUGCCCGUAGACCAAACUACCCCCAAACAAACGCCCUUGCGUGUAUUGCAUCGCGCACGCACAAUCAUUGGAAACUCUACUCCGACCGCUGUCGAUCCUACUACUCCAACGCCGAAGCAGUCGGAACCCGAAUCCGACGCUGCUCAACCUGGCACCCUCCCUCGUCGCUCUACGCGUGGCUCUACAUCCAGUUUCAAGCGCACAAUGACGAAUCUAUUUCGCCGGUCAUCGUCCGCCAUUGAGCGCGACACCCCGGUCUUUGACUCUAGCACUCCCAGCUCAACAGACAGCGUCCUCCAUCGCAAUGCGGGCCCGACCAGUGCUCCUCGCAGCAUCCCAGCAACGGAAUCAUACAAGACUCAGUCCACGGCGUCCAAUUCGCCCCCUACGCCUGGCUCACCUUUAGAAAUGGUCCCAUCACACCGAAGCAACAUUUUUGGCAAGUCGUUACCUGGGCCGGAAGACUUCCAGAAGAAGAACCGUGCCUCUACCGGCUUCACCCUGCGCGGUCGGGCUGUCAACUUUGUUGCCCGCGGUGGACGUAAUAACAAGGCCCCCCGUCGGGCAAGCAGUUUCGACAACGGCAACAGAGGCGCGCCCGCGCACCCCCCUCAACAGCACACUGCUAACAAGAUGUACCCUGCUGAGCGCCAACCGUGGGCUCUACCUCCCGACGCCGGCACAGGCACCAAGGCUCGCCGGAUGAGCCUGAGCCUACCCGAUGACUUCCUGAUCGACACUGCCGAGCUGCUCUCAGAAUUCGAGUAUCAACACAAGCUUCUCGGUCGCCACGGCAAGCACCUAGGCAAGGGUGCCGCCUCCAAGGUCACCCUGAUGGCUCGCAAGGGUUACCCCAACGAGCUAUACGCUGUCAAGGAAUUUCGCGGGAAGUCCAAGAGUGAGAGCCAAGAAGAGUAUGAGAAAAAGAUCAAGUCGGAGUUUAGCAUCGCUAAGAGCCUGCAUCAUCCCAACAUUGUUGAAACGAUUCGUCUCUGCACCGACCACGGACGAUGGAACCACGUCAUGGAAUACUGCUCUGAAGGCGACCUGUUUGGUCUUGUCCAAAAAGGUUUCUUCAAGGGCGACGCCAAGCUCAAGGAUCGCCUGUGCAUCUUCAAGCAGCUUGUUCAAGGCGUUGCUUAUCUCCAUGCCCACGGAAUUGCUCAUCGCGACAUUAAGCUCGAGAACCUGCUCAUCACCAAGGACAGCAAGAUCAAGAUUACCGACUUUGGCGUCUCGGAGGUCUUUACUGGCACACACCCUGGACUCCGUGAAGCCCAUGGCGUGUGUGGUCAGAACAUGGGCGAGGUGCGUCUCUGCAGUCCCGGCAUCUGCGGUAGUGAGCCGUAUAUCGCACCCGAAGUCCUUGCCAAGAAGGGCUCGUACGAUCCUCGCGCGCUCGACGUGUGGGGUACUGGCAUUGUCAUGAUUUACCUCAACUUUGGAGGCGCAAUCUGGUCACGCGCUGAGCCCGGUAACACCCAUUACGAUAAGCUCGUAAAGGGCUGGGAGCGCUGGUACCAGAAGCACCCCGACCCCGAGGCCGCCAUUACGGACACGGACUACCCCAAGUGCCUGGCGCUAGACGUCGGUGUCAACCCUCCUGCGCUGCGCCGGAUGCUGCUGCAGAUGCUCAACCCUGAUCCGACCAAGCGAAUCAGUAUCCUGGAGGUUGCCAACAACCGAUGGAUAAAGAACAUCGAAUGCUGCCAGGUUGAGUCUUAUGAUGACCCAACUCUGUGCAUCGAUGCCACCAAGUCGACAUCUGCGAACAACAAGCGAAUAUUUUGCCACAACCACCUGCCGCCCAAGACUAUGGGGUCGCAUUCGCUGGGAAAGAUGCCCGGUCAGCCCGGGUACUAG